GAAGCUCGCGCAGCAGCUGCGGUGGCGAUGCCUCCGCCGCUGCCACCAAAUCCAACACUGGUGCAAGGAGGAGCGAUGGCGCAAGGAGGAGCGCAACCACAGGAAGUUGUCCAAGCCCCCGGUCAGCAAAUGGUGACGAUGACCUGGGAGGAGAUGCAGAGGAUAGCGGCGGCCGCGGCGACGCAGGCGGUGCAGCAAGUUACGAGCCACACAUCUCAUGCCACCACUGCGCCGACCACAGUGGCUGGAAACCAAGAUGAGGAUGUGUCCAGUUAUGGAGAGGGAGGAGUUGGAAGAGAUCGGGCGAUGGAGAGGAUAGCGGAGCAGUUGCGCCAGUUACAGGACAAGGUGGAAGGGAGGCCAGAGAGGAGAGCUCGAAGACAUCCCUUUUCGAGGGAGAUUCUCGCUGCUCCUUUGCCGAAUAAUUUCAAGGAGACCAACUUGGUGUAUGAUGGGUCAUCUGACCAGUCGAGGCAUGUGAGGACCUUUGAAAAUAUGGCUGUAUUGCAUGGGUAUUCUGAUUCUGUUUGUUGCUGCAGGGCGUUUCUAUCGACCUUGCGCGGAGGGGCACUUGACUGGUUUCAUCUGUUACCCUCUAGGUCGAUUGCGGAUUUUGAGGAUUUUUCCAGCAAGCUUACCAAUCAAUAUUCAAGCGCAGUGGCGCAGGAGAAAACGUAUCUGACCUUGAUGGCAAUGAGACAGGGGGAGAAGGAGUCAUUAAGGAAGUACGUUGCUCGAUAUAAUCAGACAUGUUUGGAGGUGCACUCGGCCUCAGAUGAGGUGAAAGCAGGAGGAUUAAUACGGA